AUAUUAAACUAUAAUUUGAUGAGCGUUUAGCGUCUCUGAUUAGCCAAACAUAACCUACAAAGAAUAAAAGAAAACGUAUGCAAUACCUUGAAAACGUUUUUGCUUGAAGAUAUAAUCCACUUAAUUAGUCUCAGUAUUGGUUGAAUGAAUAGAAAACUGAAACGUAUAAUCUCAGAAAUUCUAAAAUAAUCGAGAAAUUUUAAAUCUUCGGUUAUAAAAGCGUUAGGGUCGGGUUGUUUACAAAACAAGUAUGGAAGACGCAGAAUCCAAAACGGACAAGAAAAAUUGUACGUUUUUAUUUAAAAGAAGAAAGAUUCGAAGCACUGCAGCUCGAAAACGUAAAGGAGGAAGUGAUGAAGACGACAGUAGCGAGGAUGAAACUACAGUGGUUAAAAAGGAGAGGAAACACGAUGGUAACAAUCCUAUGAAACAAAGUACUAACACAAAAAGGUUGAAAGAUCAAGAAAAAGAUAUUGACAAUGAUACUAGUGAAGAUGAAAGCAUCACAGUUUCAUACAAAAGUACACGAACCCCUAUGCCAGCUGGGCCAAGCGAUCAAGGAGCAACAGCAAUUUUAGAAACAGAAACUGAAAAGGACAAAGAUGCUCAAGCUAUAUUUGAGAAGGCUCAAAAGAUAAAUGAGGAACUUGAAGGAAAGGAAGAUGAUAAAAUUUAUAGGGGUAUAAAUAACUAUGCUCAAUAUUAUAAGAAAAAGGACACAGCUGCUGGAAAUGCUUCCAGUGGUAUGGUACGUAAAGGACCAAUUCGAGCACCAGCUAAUUUAAGGGCAACAGUUAGAUGGGAUUACCAACCAGAUAUUUGCAAGGACUAUAAGGAAACUGGCUUUUGUGGUUUUGGAGAUAGUUGUAAGUUCCUUCACGAUCGUUCAGACUAUAAGUUAGGGUGGCAAUUAGAAAGGGAAGCAGCUACAGGAGAAUACAACAACAGUGGAGACGAGGAUGAUAAAAAAUAUGAAAUUCAUAGCGACGAUGAAAAUCUUCCAUUCAAAUGUUUUAUUUGCCGAAACAGCUUCACCGACCCCGUUGUUACAAAAUGUAAACAUUAUUUUUGUGAGAAAUGUGCGUUAGAGCAUUACAGAAAGAGUACUAGAUGUUACAUCUGUAAUGUCCAAACCAAUGGUGUGUUUAAUCCAGCCAAAGAGUUAAUUGCACGAACAAAAAUGGAAGAAAGGGGGAGGGAAAAUGAGGAAGAUGUCGACGAGUCCUCUGAUGACGAAUAAACCAGAUAUUUUAUACACAAACAAGUUACUUUCUACCAAGACCCUACUUCACUGUAAACCAACCCUUAUAUUCCUUCAUCAAAGAAGAAUGAUAUUAAACUUUCCAUCAGGCAUCAAGCAAUAAUACCAAAAUCCACAAAAAUCUUUUCCCACAAUGAAUCAAUAAAAAAAAGCAGGUUAUUUAAAUUCAAACUACCUUAAUUGUAAAAUACUCCCCAGAAUUCUCGAAAACCAAACAAAUCUUAACAUUCGGACAUUC